GGCAGUGGGAUCACUCCAGCGACACUGUCCGGCAGGCGCUCCCCGCGGCCCCGGCCCCUGCGGCGCCUCCGCCCAGUGCGCUCCCCGCCCCUCGGCCACCACCAGACGCCUGGGGCCGGGGAAAGGGCCGCCGCUCAGGGGGUAUGUGGGCGAGCCAAGGCCAGCGCUGCAGCUGUCCCCAUGAGAUGGCCAAUAACCCCUGUGCCAGGUAGCAUCCUGUACCAACUUUGAAUAUCAACAGGAAGUUACGGGGUAGCAAACUUUCAAGAUUAUAUUGUACUACUGAAGUAACUUGUAAAGAGAAGAAAACCAGAAUUGAACCAUGGCGAAGGUAACAAGAGUUAGGUCAGCAUCCCCUCCAGAUGGGGGCUGGGGCUGGAUGAUAGUGGCUGGCUGCUUCCUUGUUACCAUCUGCACCCGCGCAGUUACCAGAUGUAUCUCCAUUUUCUUUGUGGAGUUCCAGACAUACUUUGCUCAGGAUUACUCACAAACAGCAUGGAUCCAUUCCAUCGUAGACUGUAUGACAAUGCUCUGUGCUCCACUUGGGAGUGUUGUCAGUAACCACUUAUCCUGUCAAGUGGGAAUCAUGCUGGGUGGCUUGCUGGCUUCUACUGGUUUCAUCCUGGGAUCAUUUGCCACCAGCCUGAAGCAUCUCUACCUCACCCUGGGAGUUCUUACAGGUCUUGGGUUUGCACUUUGUUACUCUCCUGCUAUUGCCAUGGUCGGCAAGUAUUUCAACAGGCGGAAAGCUCUGGCGUACGGAAUCGCCAUGUCAGGCAGUGGCAUCGGCACCUUCAUCCUGGCUCCUGUCGUUCAGCUCCUUAUCGAACAGUUUUCCUGGCGAGGGGCACUCCUCAUUCUUGGAGGGUUCGUCUUGAAUCUCUGUGUGUGUGGCGCUUUGAUGCGUCCGAUUACUCUUAAAGAGGACCAUUCGAGUCCAGAGAAGCAUUGUGACCAUGGAAAGCAGAGAGAAGACUGUAAGCAGGCAUCUCCCUAUUCAUCCUUGACCAAAGAAUGGGCACAGACCUGUCCUUGCUGCUCUUUGCAACAGGAAUACGGUUUUUUACUGAUGUCGGACUUUGUCGUGUUAGCCGUCUCCGUUCUGUUCAUGGCUUACGGUUGCAGCCCUCUCUUUGUGUACUUGGUGCCUUAUGCUCUGAGUGUUGGAGUGAGCCACCAUCAAGCUGCUUUCCUUAUGUCCAUACUGGGGGUGAUAGAUAUUGUUGGCAACAUCACAUUUGGAUGGCUUACUGACAGAAGGUGUUUGAAGAAUUACCGGUAUGUUUGCUACCUCUUUGCUGUGGCACUAGAUGGGCUGUGCUAUCUGUGCCUCCCAAUGCUUCAAAGUUUCCCCCUUCUUGUGCCUUUCUCUUGUACUUUUGGCUACUUUGAUGGAGCCUAUGUUACCUUGAUCCCAGUAGUGACUGCAGAGAUAGUGGGGACCACAUCUUUGUCAUCAGCACUUGGCGUGGUGUACUUCCUUCAUGCAGUGCCAUACUUGGUGAGCCCACCCAUUGCAGGAUGGCUGGUGGACACAACAGGCAGCUAUACUGCGGCGUUCCUUCUCUGCGGAUUUGCUAUGAUAUUUAGUUCUGUACUGCUUGGCUUUGCUAGAAUUGUAAAGAGGAUGAAGAGAACACAGCUGCGGUUCCUGGCCAAAGAAUCAGAUCCUAAGCUACCACUAUGGACCAAUGGAUCAGUGGCUUACUCUGUAGCAAGGGAGUUAGAUCAGAAAGACGAGGAAUCCAUGGCUACAGCUGUGCCACGUUGCAAACUCACAUGACCAACGUGGCCUUAUCCCUGGGAAUCUUCAAGGCUGCUGGAACCAAGACCACCAGAUUGUUCACAUUUUUAUUUUGACAGAGUAUCACCUCCCAAUAAAAUUGUUAAUACUAUUUUGCUAGCAUAUUUAUAAGGGGAAAUAACCAAUAACAGAGAAAUCUGGAGCAGCCUAGAGUUUUCUCAUUCAGGAUUUGUACUCACUGUAAAACUUGGCUCCAUAAAGGAGGUCAGGACAUAGUUGAUGGAAUUAGCUUUAUUAAAGGUAACUCUAAGGCAUAACUAAAGCAGUGGCCGCUGGGCAAUAGUUUUGUCAUAAAAAAGACCCUGUCUCUCUAUUAUUAUUCUCAUUUUUAAUGGAAGUACUGGGCUGCUGGCCAGAAUGUGAAGAUGCAGAGCUGGGUUCAUGAUAGAGGGCCUCAAUUUUUCAACAGAGUGCCAAGAAUAUUUGAAACUCUUUGAACGGCAAUGGUUAAUAUACAACGGAUUAUCUUUUAUUAGUUUCCCGGUCAACGCUUGCCUCUUCCAAUAGGUAGACAACACUCUGAGUGCCUGAUUAAUCAUGAAGCACUAUGGUUGGAAUGGAUUUUAAAGGGUGGCUGGUAGUGUAUUUCAUUUGAAACUGUCUAACUGAAACAGGAAGCUCUCCUCUCAGUCUGUGCUUGCCACUCUCCUCUGUCACUACCACAUCCUCCAAAUUUAACACAACUCGUUGAGUGAUGGAGCAACUUCCCCAUCUUCUCUGAAAUGUUAGUAACAGCCCAAGUACCCACCUUGAAUUCGAACUGUAGACGCAUUCCUGUUAAGAAUAGAAGAAUGUUGACACUACUCCAAUUGAGCAGCAAUUGAGUCCUUGUGUCAGCAGGGUAUCUUGUGGGAGUUUUCUUUGCAAACCAGUCAUAAAGUCAUCAUCUCCCAAAAGAGGGUUUGGGUUUCCUUAUCAUAGUGCAGUUCUAAAAAUGGGAUUCUGUGCUCACCCUGUUCAUUUCUGGAUCAUAGGUAUAAACCUGACUCAUUUGUUUAGAAGCUUCUGUUCAUUCUCAAAAACCCAACUUUUCUGUGACUUAGAAUCACUUUGGACUUUCCAGAUUGGAGAAGAGAACGUGGAGAAACAAGAGGAAGGGCAGGACCCCCAGUUUAUCUCCAGCUGUCUCUAAUCAAUAGAAUUUAGGGUUCCGAAUCUCCAAUCAUGUUACAUCUGCAAAGAAGUCACCUUAUGUAAUUAAAAGGGGCAUCUUUGUCAUUCAAGAGAUUAAAUCCAAGUCACAAGGAAACAUUUUGAUCUCAAAGGCCAUUUAAUCUACUGUGCCCAUGAGGCUUCAGAGUGGCUUUUGCCAGACAUGGUGCUGGGAGAAAUAACAAAGCAUUGAGAAAAGUCUAGGAUGGCUGAGUCCUUGCUUGAACUGGCGUGUGUUUGUGUUACUAUAUUGCCUUCAUAACGAGAUACCAGCUUGAUUUGAUGAGGAAAACUAUCCAUUUUAGCUUUUCACUGGAAUGUGAAUGUUCUGUCUUUAUGUAUCCUGUGACUUUAGUUUUUGAAUCCAUUCACUUUGUAAUCUGCAAUUUUAAGGAUAUCUUGGGUAUAUCUGUAAAAAAUUAAAGUUAAAAUGAAACACUUUUUUUGGAAUAGCACUUUACCUUAAAUGUCAUUUUUUCCAUCUUAAAAAUGAUUUCUUUAAAAAAAAAGAGCACUCUUAGUCAUAUGUUUUAAAGCAUUGAUUAUAGUAAAUUUGUUUAUGUGAUUCUAUAAUGUAAUUUCUCUAUUGUGUUUAUGAAAGACUAGGAUAGUGAUCAAAGGUUUUAACAUUUUAUAUUAAAACAUUUCAGAUUUUUUUUCACUUUAUACAUGCAAUAAAUUUGCAUUCUAGGUCUUUGGGAGCAACAGUUUUGAAGCACCAAGUAAGAGAAGAUGAAGACUCUGGAGUUUAAAGUUUUGGCACCUAUACAAAUUUUUACUGUUUUUCCCCCUCUAUUUAACGGUUCCAAAGUCUAAGGAAUCCAUGAGAAUGGGACAUUUUAUGGAAUGAAGAAUAAACUGUAGAGGAACUAUUCUAUGCCUUAAAUAUUUGUUUAUCCAACUGUACAUUUUACUUUGGAACUGACUAGGAAAAAAGAAGAACUGAUCUAACUUUUCAAUGUGCCAUUUUGCCCCUCUGUUUAAAUUAGAAUUUUACUAGUGGAUGAGAUAUAUAGGCUAAUGUUUUCCUAGAGCAAAGGCAAAUAAAAUGGAUUUAUAGUCACA